ACCACCCUCAGUCACAUGACCGCCGAGUGCGGGGGCAGGAAGUUUAGCUGGGGGAGGUGUCCGCUCAGUCUGAAGAAGCAACAGGCAGGGAGAGGCAGCAGUGCAGGAGAGGCGCAGCAGAGACACGGCAGCAAGAUGACGGUGGAAGGAGGGAUGAAGUGUGUCAAGUAUCUCGUCUUCAUAUUCAACUUCUUGUUCUGGAUUUGUGGUUGCGCUCUCAUAGCGCUGGGAAUCUACGUGUUUGUCCAAGUGUACAGACCACAAGUACUUCCUAAUGCCUCCAUAUCUGGUCCGCCUAUUGUCAUCAUUGCAGUGGGGGUCGUCAUCUUCCUAAUCUCCUUCUUUGGCUGCUGUGGCGCUGCAAAAGAGAACUACUGCAUGGUCACCACGUUUGCAGUUUUGCUGGUUUUGAUAUUCCUGGUGGAAAUAGCAGCUGCAAUCGCCGGAUACGUUUACAGGAAUCAGAUACAGAAUGCAUUCACAGACUCCAUCAAAGAUGAUUUAAAGAAGUACAACUCGACUGCGGAUGUACGUAAAGCAGUCGAUGACCUGCAGAGAGAUUUAAAGUGCUGUGGUGCCGACAACUAUACCGACUGGUACGACGUUGACCCCUUUAAAGGUGGACAAAGGUUGCCUGACUCUUGCUGCAAUGUGUCUUCUACAGAGUGUGGCAGGAACCUGACCAACGUUUACACUGAUGGUUGUGUGCGCAAACUAGAAGACCUUCUUAGGAAAAACAUAGCCAUUGUAGCUGGAGUUGCUUUGGGUAUUGCAUUCUUUGAGAUCCUGGGAAUCAUCUUUGCCUGCUGUCUAAUGAAGGGAAUCCGCAGCGGCUAUGAAGUGAUGUGACCCGCUCCGCUGUAGCCGAUCAUGCCGCAAUGUCACUUCCUCUGUUGCCGCAUUAAGAUACACACUGGCAUAUGCUCUAUUUGCAUGGUCUUCAGCUUGUCUGCCGAUGCCACAGUGUAGCUUGACGAGGCAAAGUGUGUUAUUGCCUGUGUGAAUUAAAUAUAUUCUGUAUCACUAGUUGUUUUUUAUGUGUUUGAGGAAAACCUGUAGCUGUUACUCUACUAGUACUCAUAUCGUCCAUGUAUACUACAGACGUGCCUGAAAGCUGUAGUAAAGAAGCAGAUUUAUUUUUUUCCUCUUGUUUAGAAGCUUUACCAUUCUUGUAUGAUACAUUUUACUGGGGGGAAAAAAUCAUAGGAAAAAAAAUGGGAAAAGACGGUAACAUUCCUUCAGUGCCUUAAUGCAAUAUUUUUGCCUUUGCAUAUAAGUGUCAGUGCAAAAGAAAUGUAAAAAGUGUAUGUAAGCUGUGCCAUAAGUGAUGCCAAGGGGUAAUGUCCAGUAAUUUUUGCUAAGCAGCAUGUGCUUUGUCGUACUUUCCAUUUCUAUGAACAGAAAUAAUUUUUUAAUGCCAAGAUUAAAGUGACUAGAACGGCA